UCCACUCCUCACGCCCCAACCAUUCCCCACCAUCCGCGGCCUUCCCAUGUCUUCCCUCGCCGCCGCCAUCGCCGCCGCCGCCGCCACCGCCUCUACCUGGGCAACUAACCUCUCCCGCAUCCUCUCCUCCUCCAAACCAACCCUAAAACCCAAGACCCAGCGCGCGCCGACGCCGACGCCGACGCCGAAACCGCCCGCCGCCGAUGCCGCUUCCAUCGCGGAUCAGAAGCUCCCGAAGCCCCUCGGCCCGCAGCCCCUCGGCGUCAACCUCAAGGCCCUCAUCAGGGAGCGGGACCCUGACAAGCUGGUCUCCAAGUUCGUCCAAGCUUCGUCCGCGUCGCCGGGCUUCCGCGACCGGCCCCGCGCCUACAUGGUAGCGGUGAGCCGCCUCGCUUCCUUGGGCCGCCGGGACGGCAUCGAGGCCAUCAUCGACGCGCAGAAGCCCUUCCUCGAGACCUCAACCGAGGGAUUCGCCACGCGCCUCAUCCGCCUCUACGGCGGUGCCUCCAUGCCAUCCCACGCUGCCGCAACCUUCCACCAGCUUCCCGCGCAGCACAAGUCCACGAGGACGUUCAACGCCGUCCUUGCCGCGUACUCCCAAGCCGGAGACCUUGACGCGCUCACUGCCGCAUUCCAGGAGAUCCCAGCCACCCACCCCUCCAUUGUUCCCACCGUAUACUCCUACAACGUGCUCAUCCGCACCUUGUGCCACAAGUCGGACCUCUCAGCCGCUCUUGAUGCCGUCCUCGUCAUGGAGAAGCGCGGUGUUUCGCCUGACAUUGUUACUUUCAACACGCUCUUGAACGGGUUUCUCAGCUGUGGCCGCAAUGACGAAGCCGAGACAGUAUGGGAGAUGAUCAAGGCGAGGAAUUUGGAGCCAGACGCGAAAUGCUACAAUGCAAGGCUGCAGGGUUUGGUUGCGCAAGGGAGGGUUGAUGAUGCAGCUGCUGUGCUUGAGAGGUUGGAGAAGGACGGGCCGAAACCCAAUAUCGUAUCCUACAAUGAGUUGAUUCGAGGAUAUUGCAAGGCAGGGAGGCUCCAGGAGGCCAAGAAGAUGUAUGAUAAUCUGAUGAAGAAUGAGUGUGUCCCGGAUAAGGGGACAUAUGAGACUCUCUUGCCACAUCUUCUGCAGGCUGGAGAGCUGGAUUGUGCACUGAGGUACUGUUAUCAAAUCUUUGGUACUAAAAGGUGUUGUGGAGUCGAGUAUGGUGUGCUGCAGGAUGUUGUGAAUGCAUUGGUAGAUGCAUCGAGGCUGAAGGAGGCUACCAAGCUUGAUGAGCUCAAGUGGAAGUACAGCUCGAGGAUGCCACCUAGUGCUGAAAUGAUGAGGAAGAAUCAAUAUCAGAUGAAAAGGAGUGUGGAAGUGGAAGAUGAGACUGAAAAAUAAAAUUCAUAGGUCAGACUUUGACUGAUGCAAGCCGAAUUCCACCAGACCUGUUUUACUCUGUUUCUUCUGUUGGUAUGAUGGAACAAAAAAUGCAAGUUUAAGUAGUCGUUAAACUAGUUUAAUAUGGUAUUGGUUAAUCUUGACCUGUGUUGUACUACUUUUAGAAGAGUGCAGCCCCCGGCUGGGCUCUGCCCGGCCAUGGUGCUGCCCCCGCUGACUCCCUACGGACCUCCUCCAGUGAGGCAACGAGAGUGCAGCAGGUUUGUCAGUUGCAGAACUCAUGCGCAUUGUGGUUAUGAAAAAUAGUUGCCAAUUUCAUCACGGUGGUUGGGUCUUUUUGUGUUUGGGGAACUCUUGAAUACCACUGCAGGUUCUAUCAAAUAAAUGCACUUGGAAAA